AUGGAUCCUAAACUCGCGUCGAUCAUUGAGCAGGUCAAAGUGGACAUCCUCACUCCCACUCAACAACAGGAUAAUACGAGACAGUUGGAAGAGGUUUCCAGGUCUUUUAUAUUGCCUACGAAGGAGAUGUUCGCGUACGCUGUGCAGACUUCACUCGGUGACGAUGUCUACAGCGAGCCAUCUACAAUUGCCCUAGAGGCACACAUUGCUAAGCUCACAGGGAAGGAGGCUGCCCUCUUUGUAAGCAGUGGGACCAUGGGCAACCAGCUUGCUAUCCGCACGCAUCUCCAGCAGCCUCCCAAUUCCAUCAUUUGUGAUGUUCGGGCGCAUAUCAAUAAGUACGAGGCUGGCGGCGCGGCAAUCCACUCAGGUGCUCUCCAGAACACUUUGACACCUAAAAAUGGACACCAUUUGACUCUGAAGGAUAUCGAACCUCAUGUAGUGUUCGGCACUGAUGUACACAGCGCACCAACGCGAAUUAUUUGCUUGGAGAAUACGCUGAAUGGCACGAUCAUGCCUCAAAGCAACAUCGUUGAGAUUGCUGAUUUCGCCCACAAGAAUGGCAUACUGAUGCAUCUUGAUGGUGCACGUCUGUGGCACGCCGCUGCGGAAACCCGGACACCGAUUGAUGAACUCUGCGCACCAUUCGAUUCAGUCAGUUUGUGCUUCAGCAAGGGUCUCGGUGCCCCUGUUGGAACAUGUCUCGUUGGUCCACAUGCGUUUAUACAGAAAGCACGCUGGUUCCGCAAGAUUUUUGGCGGGGGGAUGCGCCAGACUGGUGUUCUUGCUGGGUCAGUCGCUUACGCACUCACGCAUAAUUUCCCCCUCCUUCCUAGGGUCCACGCUCUAGCCAAACGCCUACAAGCUGGUUUAGAAGAGCUUCAGGUCGGCAUAUUGAGCCCCGCAGAGACUUGCAUGGUUUUUUAUGAUCCUUCCACAAUCGGUGUCGAGUACUGGGAAAUCAUAGAUCGUGCGGCUGCAUUACCGAAGCCCAUUAGUCUUACUGGCUCUCGUCUCGUGGUACAUAUCCAAACAUCGCCCGAGGCAGUGGAAGACUUCUUGUCAUUGAUAAGAACGCUGAAGGAGGAGAAGGUCAAAGCGGGUGUUGUUCCCUCACUAGUGACCUCAGACGGGAUGAGGAACGUGUACGUCAGGGCUUCGAGGCCCUCCACACCCACUAGAUGA